UUCCAUUCCAGUAGCUCAGAAUAACUGACUUAAAACCUACCUGAGCACACUUUCCGUACAGGUGCAGCUGGACUUUGCAACAGGGUUUUUGCUAAACAGGAGCAUAUUUGUGAAUCUUUUUCUGGUAUGCGUAAAUAAAUGGUGCUUUUCCGGGAUUAAUAAUGGAGCACUGAGUUUGGAAUUAUACAGACUUUCUCAGACUGCCAGCACUGUUUUUUUAAUAGGUGUGUGACAUCAGAAAGGAAGAAUGUUCAUGAACAACAACGGCCCAACCUCCCCCACAAGAGGUUUCUCAUCAGAGGCAUUCUCUCAGAGGUCCGAUAUGUCUCGACCCAGUGCAAAAUCCAUCUAUAUGCAAAGGAAGGAAUAUUUGGAGACCAUAAACAGACAAGCAGAUGCUUUUCAGUACAGAGUGGAGCACUUGUUUACAUGUGAAAUAAAUGGGAGGGACCUGAGCAGCAUUGAUGAUUGCAUGGCCAAGCUGAAGAAUCUGGACAGCCGAGGGAAAGUGUGGGGUCAGGAUAUGAUCCUGCAGGUGCAGAACGGCCACUUACAACUGUGUGAUGUCGAAACAAAGGAGCUCCUGGAUUCACUUCCUCUUGGCAACAUCACACAGACAAAAGCAGUCCUGGACAGCUGCGUUUAUGACUCCCUCCUUAUUGUCACAGCUCAGGACAACAGCCGGAGGGCUCCAAAUAUUUUCUUGUUCCAGUGUGAGGAAACUGGGGCAGAGGAGGUGAAAGCUAAUUUAGACAGAGAGAUCCAGAACAGGGAUGCGCCAGGGAUGAGGGAAGGACCAGGAUUUCCGCCAAGUGAACCACCAUUUGACAUCAGGAGUAAUCUGGAGAACAUUAUAAGUCAAGGUUAUUCAGCGGGUUUCCGCAGACCUGGCCCUCCUCCAGUGCGCUCCACACCUCCUACGUCCGAGUAUCCGCCUUCUCAGUCCAGCACCUUCCAAGACUAUGAUGAUCACCAGCCUCCAAUGUUUCCACCCAGAGAGGAGAGCUUUUUCAGUCCAGACGUGCAUGAACGACAAAGCCACAUAAAUCAGCAGCCCUCUCCCCCCAUGUUAGACACUGACAGGAGUGUGGAAAUCUUUAAUCAUGUAGUGGCUGACAUUGAGAUCUUUAUGGGCAAAGUUGGAGCAGCUUUAGCACAAGUGGAUGGAAAGAAGAAAAAGAAAAAGAAAGGCAAAAGCACAAUAAUAUAUGGUGAAAACUUUCCCUCUAUAGAUGAAUAUGUGGCCUGUCUUCAAAAAAUUAAAUAUGGCUUUAAUCUUCUUGGGAAACUUAAUGGACACUUAAGUAAACCUGAUGCUCCUGACCUUAUCCACAGUCUUUUCUCCACCCUUGAUUUUCUGGUGAGGCAGUAUCCUUUUGAGGUGGCUCCUUCAGUUGUGAGUCCCCUUCUCACAGAACAAACUCUGCAGCUCCUCAGCCAGGUGGUGACUCCAGAGGAGGGUCAGCUCUGGAACAGCUUACAAGAUGCCUGGAAUAUUCCCAGACCAGGUUGGCCGAAUGCAGAUCAGAUACCACCAUAUGUUCCACAGUUUUAUGAUGGCUGGCAACCGCCUGCACCAGCCCCUCCCCAGUCAGGACCCAUGAACCAUCCUCUGUCACGGAGCAACAGUCAGAGAUUUCCAGCCGAGAAUGACAUACAACAACGACCUGGACAGGAUAACAGGCUUUUUGGUGCUCCGCCUGAACGCUCAGGAGAACCUCCGCUCCACAUGCGCGUGAUCUACGAUUUCACAGCCAGAAACCGUCAGGAGCUGAGUGUGAUGAAAGGUGAUGUGGUGCAGGUGGUACACAAGUCCAGGCAAUGGUGGGUAGUGCGAAACAAUCUUGACGAGGAGGGCCAUGUGCCUCCAAAUGUUCUAGAGCCCAUGAAUAGAGAAGAGCCAGCAAGAGUGAAUCGACCUCCAAAUCUCGAUAUGAAAUCCAGCCCAGAGGAAGUGAGGACCUGGUUACAGUACAAGGGCUUUUCCAGCUCGACAAUACGGAACCUGGGUAUGAUGAAUGGAGCAUUGCUUUUGGGGAUGAGGCGUGAUGAUAUACGAGCUGUGUGCCCUGAAGAAGGAGGUCGUGUUUUCUUCCAACUGCAGGCCGUUAAAUCAUCUAUGGCCCUUGCAAGUGAAGCAGAAUACAACCACUACAAUGGCCGUUAAAUCUGACAUCAUGGGCUUUGGUGAGGAUGCAGAUGCCAGUUGACGGAUUCGCUCAAGAGAACUGCACAGUGCUUACAUGCUGGAAUUAUCAUCAUUUGUCAGUUCAUGAAAACAGAUUUAUGAUCUGAACAUAAAUAUCAACUGAAGUUAUACUCCCAAUACAAUUUUAAAUUGGUGGUAAAAAUGUGUUGUUUCGUGUCAUGCCUUUUUUGAUCCUGUGUUUAUCCUAUUUAUCAUCUAACACUUGUCAGAAUUCUAAAGAUUAAUAUGAAGUUAAUAAUGAAGGUAUAUAUAAUUAAAAAUAUAUUUAAAGCAAUAUUUACAGUGAAAUAUUUAUAGAGUCUAUGAUCCAGUUUAAUCUAUCCACUCUAAUCAGAAACUGUUCCUAAGAUACACUGAUUAUAGAUUUAACUCUCCCUAUUGCUUGUGUUUCUUUGUAUGUACAGCACUGUGCAAAGGUUUUAGGCACAUGCAAUGAAAUGCUGUAGAGCAAAGACACCUUCAAAAUAAUGAAAUUAAAUGUUUCUACUUAAAAAAAAAAAACUGUAAGGAACAGUAAACAUUAGUAAAUGAAACAUCAAUAUUUGGUGUGACAAAAAAAUAAAAAUAGUACAAUUUAUGCAGUUUUAUAAGGAGAUUAAUUGGUAAGUUAUAUUGAGCAUCUUGCAGAACCAGCCAGGGUUCUUCUGGAGACUUUGACUGUUGCACUUGCUUCUUAUUUUUGCAGCAAAACCCAGCAGCCUUCAUUGUGUUUUUUCGUCUGAAAAAAUUUCAAACAUUUUUCUGUAACAUUUCAUUUUGUGUUGGAAAACUAAUGUUUGGAACCUAAAAUGUUUUUAGUACUGAUUUGAUAAUGUAGAAGUCAUAAAAUCAAAAAAAAUCUAUAACAAAGUUUGUACUAAAAAAAAAUAGGGUGCCUAAAACUUUUGCACAGUACUGUAUCUUCCUCUUUACUUUAUAGACCGGAAUUUUCAAGCAAGACUGUAUGUCAUGUAUCAUCACAAAGUAUGAUGACUGCUAUCGAGAAUGGUUUUGCAACUUCUGGUAAACCAAUCUUCUGAACUUUGACCUAUUUGAAUGUAUUGAUGUUCAAAUAAAAGUGAUGUAUGGGACAUUUUGUAUUGAGAAAAUGUUCUGAAUCAUUGUGCUGUUUCAGCAUGACUAUGUUUCUUAUUUCUUAAUUCAGAGCAGAAAAUCAAAGUGUUAUGAGUAAACUGGCAAUGAACAAAAAUCUUUACAUUUUUAUUGAAUGAAAAUAAGAAUGGAGCACAAUUUAAUAAUAAGUGCUUGUGUCUUACAUCCUUUCCAAAAAUACAUUGGUCUAAAUUUUUUGUACUACAACAGAGGUUGCUUAAACUAUUUACUGUUUUAUGCAUUUUAAGGCUUUUAAAGGUGACUUCAGUGUAUCAUCACCGAAAAGG